AUUUUAGGCAAACAUACACGUUAAGAUCAGUGUUUCAAAUUAGAACAUUUGCAUCACAAAAUAUCCCUUGAUUUGAAGCCGUUACAAUGCGAUUAGAAGCCUUAUUUGCAGUGGUUUUUCUUUCUCUUGUUUCUGUAGGUACCUCUCUCGACUGUUAUCAUUGCUCAAGUUCGGAAUCGUGGGCGAUGUGCAUGAGGAACAGAUAUGUGCAGGAGUGUAAACCUGGUCAAACGAGAUGUUAUAAAGUGGCAGUUGACACUUACUACGAUGAUGCAAGAGUAACUCGUUAUACAAGAGGUUGUACAACAGACAAACACUGUUACGAAGAAACCUUAGACGACUGCAAAGGAGGCACAAAUCAAGAACAUCCGUUACAGUGUGACGUUUACUGCUGCUCAGGAGAACUGUGCAACGCGUCCACAUUUCCAAUCGUCAGCGUUAUCUUUACGAUGACUUGCGCACUAUUCGCCAUGCUCUUUCACUAGUUGAGCUGCUUUUUUAACGUAUUUUGCUAGCUAACUUGCAUCAGCAAAUCGUUGUUUAUAUAGCUGAGAAGCUUUGGGGUUUUAGUUUCCCGUUUUGGUUUUUAAUGUCAGAUAGUUUCGUCUCAGUCUCACGUUUCCCGUUCGAAUUCAGUUUCGAAUUCUUUUUUUCUUCAAUAAGGCAUAAAUUUUGAUUGUGUUUUCUAUUACAAUAGAGCCUCUGCUAAAUAGAGGUUAAGGCUGCAUAAAUAAGAUCUCGAAACUGGAGUAUUCAUAUCAAACCUCUCAAGCAAUAUCAAGCGAAAAAAUCUAGGUUAUCAUUGUUCGCAACUACAUUAAUAAUAAUCCAAUAGAAGCGAAUAACGCUUUUGGUGUUGUAUCGGGUGAACGAGCGACGAAAUACUCUGUCAAAUGGAAUUCGAAUAUCCCUGAGCAUGUCACAAAAGACGUCGAAGUUCCCUUAUGACUAGUUUCUUUUAGAAGUGCCCUUAAAAGUGCUUUAAGUUGGAAGUAUUUUUGUUGGAUUCUUUUUUGUAUAAUAAAUAUAGUGUGAUUAUUAAACAAUCAAUUAUAAGGAA